ACAACAACGCUAACAGGGCAAUCUACAUGGGUUUCGGUGCGCGGUGUGGCGGUGGGGAUAGAUCUGGUGAAGUCAUUUCAUUGGAAAUGGCGGCUUUACCACAGAAGAGAUUUUAUAGGCAAAGAGCUCAUUCCAACCCAAUUGCGGACCAUUGUUUUGAAUAUCCUGUAGCUCCUGAUGCCAUGGACUGGUCGCCAUACUACCCGCAAUUCUUUGAAAAGAAUGCAGAAGAGCAGCUGCACCUGGUCCGCUUUGCCGAUGUCGGAUGCGGCUAUGGUGGUCUUUUGGUUCGCUUGUCGACCAUGUUUCCCGACGUGCUGAUGCUGGGUAUGGAGAUUCGGGUGAAGGUGGCCGAUUACGUCACGGAUCGCAUCAAGGCUCUCCGCGUGCAGAACCCGGGCCAGUAUCAGAACGUGGCCUGCCUCCGCUCCAACGCCAUGAAGCAUCUGCCCAAUUUCUUCCGAAAAGGCCAGCUGACGAAGAUGUUCUUCCUGUUUCCCGACCCGCAUUUCAAGAAGGCCAAGCACAAGUGGCGCAUCAUCAGCCCGACCCUGCUCAGCGAGUACGCCUACGCCCUGCGUGAAGGGGGGAUCCUCUACACGCUGACCGACGUCCGGGACCUUCACGACUGGAUGGUCCGGCACCUGGAGGACCACCCGCUGUUCCAGCGCCUCUCAGAACAGGAGCUGAGCGAGGACCCGGUGGUCAGCCAGCUGUUCGACAGCUCCGAGGAGGGCCAGAAGGUGACUCGGAACAGCGGCGAGAAGCUGCUGGCCGUGUACCGGCGCGUGCCCGACCCCGGCCCGGCCGGCGGCUGACGGUCCGGACUGCGCUGCAGACCCGGUCCGGACUGCGUUGCAGACCCGGCCCGGCCGGCGGCUGACGGUCCGCUCUGCUCCGCAGACCCGGCCCAGCCGGCGGCCGACGGGUCUGGCCUCGGCUGUCGGCGCCGACGCUGUUUUUGUGGUGGACUGCUGCCUUGCUUGUGUGGGCUGCCGCAGGCGUGUUUUGUUUUCAUGCCCAAUGUUUAUGUCAGACGGGUGGAAAACCCAUCCGGAGCGUGGAAAACCCAGUCGCAGCCGAAAUAAACUGGUGACACUUGGUGGA